CAACUUUAGUCUCAAAUGCCUGACCGCAGUGACCAAGCAGCACUCCAAAAAUUCUUCUUUGAUGAGAUCCAGAAGGGAGAGGAAUUACUUGCUGCAGGUGAGUUGAACAAUGGUCGUUGAUGCUGGACCAAUAACAUCUUCAGUGGAGUAAUGGUAGUACAGUGUGUAGGGUUAGUGUUGGUGCCAUAUACAAGAGGGCUACUGGUGGUACAGUGUAUAAUAUGCAUACCUUUCACCUCCUUAAUUCAAUGAAGAAACAAAAAGUGAAAAUAGGGACCUUCCCUCAAAACGUUCUGCUUGUAUUUUUAGGUAGUUAUAUAUCCGUCAUAGCAUAGCUUUCUGAAAAUGAUAAAAAGUUUUAAAAAACAAAAAAUUAACAAAACUAUUUAAAAUCAGUAACAAAAUCCAACAACAUUUUAAGUAAGGUUUUAUUGCCGAACACAAUCUAGAGGCAAAACACAAUGGUUUGAAAAUAUUAAUGAUUUGCCAAUGUUGUCUCGAUUUUGACUUACCUAAGGUUGGAAUAUCUGAGUCCUUCCAAUUUGACAUUAGUUUUUUCUUGCUACUCUACUUUCCUCGCGUAGUAACACUGAACCAAUGAUGCAUCCUACUUUAUUAUUUUACUCCUUUGCUGGAUUUCAGGUGAAUUUGAAGCAAGUGUGAAACAUCUUACCAAUGCCAUUGCAAUCAGUGGUCAACCUCAACAAUUGCUCCAAGUAUUCCAGCAAACAUUACCACCUGAUGUGUUUAAAAUGUUGAUGAAUAGUCUGGCCUUAGCUGCAAAAUCUCCCACCACCACUGCACCGGUAAGGCAUACCAUCUGUGGUGAUGGAUUAUUUGUCUCUGUGUAAUCACACCUGGGGUAAACUACUGUGCCAGACCAGUGGCUAGAAUAGCAUGAUUUAUACUUGCAAGGGACACCUUAUGACCUUAACACAUUAAGAUGCAUUGAGCCCUAAUGCAACCUACCAUAUUGUUUUACUCUAACACAAGACAAUUUUACUUGUGCACUGGUGCUCAAUGGGCCAAUGUGUCUUGUUAACCCAUUAAGUUGUAUUGCAGCUUAAUAUGCCCUGCUUUAAUAUUUUUACUAUGUCUAAUGCCAGAUGAAAGCACUGGUGCUCAAUAGGGUAAACCUUUUUACCAGCCUAGUUCCAGUUGUUUUGAAGCAAGCACGAGAAAAAACGUGGAUGUAGUACGAGACUGGGACCUAGGUGUGAUCGCUGAAGCGUUCUGCACAGCACACCCAGGCAUAAAACUUUUAACACUCAUUUAAUUAAAUAUAUCAAAGCAGCGAAUAGAGAGAGCCUGGGACUAGGCUCCUUUUUUACAAGAAUAGUCUAAUUACAUAACACUUGUGAUUUUGUCUGCACAGACAACUGUUUUGAUGGAUCUUCUAUCAGUCUGCCCAUUUGUACAAACAACUAAAUUUUUUUUCCCGAAGAUGGAGCCAGUUAUAAUCCAACAAUUGAUCUUUGAGUAGAUGUCACUCUUAUUAUGUUUUCUUUUUUUUCUAGAAUACCUCAAUGGAUACCCUUGGAGAUACAUUGGACUAAGGAUAUUUUAUAGAUAUUGUAGAAUAUUUGUACACAAUACUAAAUAAACUUUGUAUGUAUAAAAUACCUCAAGUAGUAAGAUAUUUUGAUAAAAUCCUGAAUUGGGUCCCAUUGUAUGUAGCAAUCCUGACAUUCUUGAGGCAUUACAGGAACAAACUACCUUAACAAUACGUGACAAGAACUGACAAUUCGAGCAAAGGCCUUUGUCUUGCAGUCAGUAAAAAUGUUAAAUUCUUGCUCCUUUCCCGCCUGCACUCCUUUGCCCAGCGGCUCCGCUCGUGUUCCAUGAUCCACCAUGUAAAGUGUAGUGAAAUGUAUCUCGAUAUGAAACAUAGCCAAACAGAAGCCUCUGCAGAGGAGAGAGUUCUUGUUCUAUUCGUCAGCUAGUUUGUUCUCAUAUUCCAGAUAUUUUGAUAUAUGAGAAACAAGGAGCUGCCUAUUUCCAAUGGAAUAUAAGGACUCCUAGAUUGAAUAGUUUAGUGAUAUAAUAAUAUCACCAGGAAAAACUUGCACUAGGAAAAAUGCAAACAUUUGGGCAUGGCAUAAAAAUAAUUUCUCAGAGAGCUUCCAUUACACAAAAUAAUUUCAUUUGGGCUGUUAAUAUCCAAGCUAAUUUUUUCACCUAAAUUUUAUACACACAACGUUAAUAUGUUUUAUUACAAUGCUGAUUUAUUAAGAUAUUCUGAAAUUAUUCUGAAAUUCUUAAUAAAAAUUAGGGGUGCAUCAGAUAGAGCUUUUUGGCUAUCUGGCCCAAUAGUUGAAAAUGAAGUGUUUAUAAUAUUUUGACUUGAAAAGUUGAAAUAAUAGGAAAGAACUUCACAGUCUAAGAAUAUUGGUAAACAUGCACAAGCCUUGCUCACAACUUCAAAAUUCAAAUGCCCAACCUGCAUGAAAAUACUGGCUUUUCUAUGAUCCUAAUAUUUCAAGUGAAAAAAGAUAAACACCCCUACUUUUUUAACCUUAUCAAAUCAUUUUUUAACCCAGAAAGAAGGCCUGAACCAUAUAUAUAAAUUAUCUCGCUACCUGAGGCAGAUAUGAUAUCUGGUGCAUCGAUCCCUAUUAAAAAUCAUGAUAACUCUACACAAAACCCGACCAUUGAACUGAAGUAUAAAUAACUUUGCCGGAUGAAUCAACCGACGCCAAAACACUUGUCUUUUUAACAGUUGAUCCUAGUCGACCUACACUAACUAGAUCCAACCCUGUAAGCCUUUCUCCACAAGGUAAAAUUUUCACAAUAAAAUGCGAAUGAAAUCUCAAUGGGUCUCCGGGAUAGACUAAAUAAUCGCCACCAAAUUUGUUCCCAUUGGUUAUAAAAUAUCCCUUUUGCCAUAAAUCGGAGAAAACUUUGCACCUGACUUGUUCAAUCUCAGUUUCUGGGAAAUUCCAAUACACAUCUUUGGUUCUUAAAAGUUUGGAUUUUGUGCUCACACAAACAAGAGUAGAAUCUUGAAGAUUGAUCUCAUCCGUAUUUUCAGAUGAUCCAGAAAUGUCUUCUGACUGCUUCUGAGCAGAACCAUUGGCAUCCUCUGAUAAUAUAUCCAUGUUUUUCAACUGUUGCUGAGUAGAGCUGUCGGUGCUCUCCGAUGAUCUAUGAAUGUCUUCCGAUGAUAAUUUUUUAGGGAUGUCAUCCGACCACCUGACCGAACUUGAUUCCAUAAAACUUUGCUUUUCUUCAGUUUCUAUACGUGGUACUUUACCACUAGAAUUUUGCGAUGAGAUUCUUCGUUUUCUAUCCACUCUUUCACGGCCUUCCUCUAUGAUUUCUGCAAAGUCAGCAAGUUUUUGUUGUUUUAAUUCUUCAAGUCUUUCAAUCUGUUCCUGAAUGCUAGUUCUUCUUUCAUCUUGAAAUUUGUGGACUAUCUCCUGUGAAGGUCUUGUUAUAUCGCUUUCUACAAUUCUAGCAAUGUUCUUGUCAAGUAAAAGUCUCGCUUCCUCAGGGAGUAAGACAAGAGGGAGAGAAAACACUAAAUUCUGUCUAGGUUUACUGGGCAGUGAGCCAACUAAAGACCCCACAAUGCGGCAUUUUCUUCGUAGCAUCAUUACAGCUUCUUUAUCCCAAACAAAUAUUUCUUGAUUGCUUAAAAAUAAUAAGAUUUUCUCCUGUUUCUCUCCGCACUCCUCGUGGUUGUCCUCCAUUUUGAAG